UGGACACUCGGUUACGAAUUGCCCAGCACUGCAUGCUUAUUAACCUCAAAAAUCCAAAGAAUUUAACGAAAAUCUCGAAAGAAAACAAGAGUUCUUUCCCAGUAUUUAGAGCGUAAAACCUUCCGUUUUACAAAAAACGGGAGGCGCGAAUGGGACGCCAUGCCAGCGAAGCGGGUGACGACAGCCACAGCAGCAGCUUCGUCUAUUAGUGGAGCCAGUGGGUCCACUACUAACAAUAAUGGCCCGUCUGGGGGCGGGACACGUCCCCUGGAGGCGCUCAAUGGUAUGACCAGGCUAACACCCGCCCGCGACUUGACUCUCGGUGGACGUGGCGCUGGAGUAGCCAGCAAGAAGGUCUUUGCCCCCAAUUUAAAUGCAGUCCGAAACAAAAAUGCCAAUGUCAAGACCUCCAAGGACACUACCCAACCCAGGAGUGGUCGCCGGGGUGGGCGUGGAAAUGGCACAGGAGCAACACGUGGUCGUGGUGGAAAUUCCGGUGGCAGCAAUUCCACGCUUAUCCAAACAGUGGGACUUUUCUCUGAGGGAGCAGGCGAUGUCCAUGUGCGAAGGUCCACUGGAAAUGGUACAGCCUAUUCCAGAGGCGGCGAAGAAGUGUCUGUGAUCAGGAAAAGGUUGGAUCGCAAGGACGACAAGAACCAGGAUCAGAGGAUUAAAGAACUCCUGGGCGAAUCGGAGGCCAGCGAUGCCGAGCUCAGCGAAGAGGAAGCUAACAAGACUGAGAUGGCUCUCAAGCCCAUCCUGCUGAAGGAGGGACUUUGGGUCAACCAGAGCACACCUGUUGUGAAACAGGAGGAGGAUUCCAGUUCAACAUUAACACAGAAGGACACAUUGGCCGUGGCACAGCAUCUACAGCAGCUGCAUGUGGCUGCUAUGUCUGCCACUUUGGAAGAACCACCUGUCCAAUACGGCCGAUAUCCGCGCAGUAUAGGCAACUUUCUUGACUCCAGUCAAUCGCAGAUCUUUAUCAUGCAGCUGCCUGAUGUAUUGCCAUCAGUGACUGAUGAUUCUGAGGAAACAGAACCAGCUGCAGGGGAUCCCAUUGCACCCAGUGAUUCGGAACCCCCAAGUCCUGCAGCGAACCCCACCAGCGGAUCCAAGGAAAGUGUAUUACGACAGCUGGAAGAGGGUCAGAUUGGGAAGAUUCUGAGGUACAAAUCGGGCCGCGUCAAACUCCAGCUGGGAGACACCCUAUUCGACUUGGAUAUGGGUCUCGAUCCUGGUUUCCUGCAAGAACUAAUGUCUGUGACAGCCAACCGCGAGCAACGCAGCGCUAACAUGAUUAAUUUGGGUCCAAUUCAGGCCAAACUCAAGGCUACACCUGAUUGGGUGCAUCUCUUUGGGCAGCAGGAGGCGGCAUCCAAACGAACGAAUCCCUUACCGAGCACAUAGCAAAACCUGCAUCCUAUCACCAUAGUAGAUAUCUUAUUUUGUAAAUAGGCUGCGCCUAAGCUUAAGUUAUUUCUAUUCUAAAUGCCGUAUAUAAACUUUAAAUAUAAAAAAAAUUUAUAUAUGAUUUUCUAAGGAAAUUACGCUUUGAAAGAUUUCCACAGAAAUAAUAGUCUACAAAAAUUAAUUAUUCAAUCAUCUGCUAAUGGUUUCCCUAUAAAUCUUAGGAGAGUUGAACGAAUUGAGAAUUACAUGUUAUUGGACUUUGUAUUAAAUUUAAUUUAUUUACCUAACAUUUAGGUUGAACAGGCAUUUAAAAAAAGUUCAUUGUCUUUAACAAUCCUAUCAUCAAAGAACAACUUUAAGAAACUUCAGUUUCCCAUUAUCAUAGUUAGUUUAUGUAAUUGAAAACGUUACAAAUAAUGAUUUUGGCUGAAUAUAAAACCAUAAUUGCGAA